AUGUUUGACAGGCGAUCCCGUGAUUCCGCCUCUAUAACAGGCACAAAUAAUAUCCCCCUGGGACACCGCCAACAAUCGCCACAGGGCCGCAACCGGUCGCUUUCGCCCCCUGAUACCCGAAUCAAAUCUGAACACCUACAAGACCACUCGUCUUCCCAGGAACGUGCAGAUACAGCUGCCCGUCUUGACCGUGUUUCAUCCCGCCGCAAAAACUACCGCUGGGGAAUUUCUGCAGACAAAAACCCCUUUGUUAAGAUCCACCACUCUACCGUCUUUGUCGAAGCCCCACUCACUCCAGAACAGCUCGAGGCUUACGCACUUGUUUUACGCAUUGAGGAAAUUGGAUUCAAGCUACGUGAAAAUGAUGUUAUCCCUCGUGAAGCUGAACGCUCCCCAUCCCCCACCCCACAGUACAAUGCCCAAGGCAAGCGCACAAAUACCCCUGAUGUACGCUACCGCAAACUUCUUGAAACUGAGCGACACAAACUCAUUCAACGCGCCAUCAAAGCAAUCCCCAAUUAUAAACCCCCCUCAGAUUACCGCAGACCUUCGAAAAUUGAAGAAAAACUUUACAUCCCAGCUAAAGAAUACCCGGAAAUCAACUUUGUUGGUCUCCUCAUGGGCCCCCGUGGCAAUUCCAUCAAACGAAUGGAAUCAGAAUCGGGUGCAAAACUGGCCAUUCGUGGUAAAGGUUCCGUCAAAGAGGGUAAGCGCAGAACUGAUGUCCCUAAUCAAAUGAAUGAGGACGAACCCCUGCACUGUCUCAUCAUUGCUGAUGAUGACGAGAAAAUCCAAAAAGCUAUUGCACUCGUCACAAAAGUCAUUGAGACUGCCGCAUCCACUCCUGAAGAACAAAACCUACUUAAGCGUAACCAACUUCGCGAGUUGGCAACUCUUAACGGUACCCUCCGUGACGACGAAAGCUAUUCGUGCCAAAACUGUGGCGAAACUGGCCAUCGCAAAUAUAAUUGUCCCAAUCGCAAAAACUUUACUGCAACAGUCACAUGUCACAUUUGUGGUGGAGUCGGCCACUUUGCUCGUGACUGUAAAGAACGGCCCUCAGCUGGCUACGGCAAUUCAUACAAAUCUGGAAACGGUUCUGGCCCUAUGCCUGUUUCUGCGGCCGACCGCGAGUAUGAGCAGCUCAUGCUCGAGUUGGGUGCUGGUGGAGGGGCCGGCGGAGGAGCCGGAUUUAAUAAUAAUAAUAAUAAUAAUAAUAACAACAACAACCCGCCAAACGAUCACCAGUUCCGGUUGACUGAUGGAAGCAGUGGCCCUAAUAACGGUGCUAACGUACCUCCUAAAAAUGGUUCUGGCCCAGCACCAUGGCAACAGCCUCAACAGUUCCGAAGUGGCCAGGCCCCGCAACUACCAUCCAUGCACGAUCACUCUGUAUCAAAUCAUCCUUGGCAAAAGCGUCCUACCAGUAAUACCGGUUUACCGCCAGGAGCUGGGAGUCCAGGUGGUGGAAUGCCACACUCUGGCGACAAUAGCUACCGAGGCGGUGCUCCAAACUCUGGUCGGGACUAUGACCGGCCGCCGCAACGAGGAAACCCUGGAGGACCACCCGGUGUCGGGAACACUGGCCAUAAUAACGGUCCGGGCAGCUUGCCACCUCGGCGGUAUGAUGACUAUGGUCGCCAGGGAGGUUCUGGCAUGAAUGGUUCGGGCCAUGCUGGUAACAAUGGAUGGGGCCAAUCGCGACAACAUCACCAGAACCAUUACCCACCGCAGCAGCAACAACAGCACCAGCACCAGCAUCAGCACCAGCACCAGCAGCACCAGCAGCAGCACCAGCAGCAGCACCAACAACAACAACAACCACAACAGACUUAUGACCGCGGAUUCCCUCAAUCACAUACCCAGUCCCCCCCACCUUUGCCCCCAGGAAUGGGCGCGCCAGGUGUUCGACAGAGACCACCAGGAAUGGCAGCUCCACCGGGAAUGGCAGCUCCACCAGGGCUUCCAAGUGCGCCACCUGGACUUCGCAAAAAUGCACCACCACCGCCACCGCCAGGUACUCGUUCAGGUGCACCUUCAGCUGGGCCUCCAGGCUCGAGGCUGCCACCUCCACCACCGCCUGGAUCCAAAUAA